AUGUCUCUUCCCAAGUACUUAAACACCAAAGCUGAAGUCAUUUCAUUCUGUUGUGCUGGUACUAUAAUCAAUUACAUGAAGGAUGGUAAAAUACCAUCAACUCCAAUGCAUAUUGUAUCAGAUGAAAAUCAUCAUUCAAUAACAAUUCAUGGUUUAGAAGAGACAAACAGUGCUAUAAAGAUAGAUGAUGAUCGAUAUAUUGUUGAUAUUUACAGGACAGAAUUUAUGAAGUAUAAUAAAGUUAUCAGCUUCCAACAAAUUUUUGGGAAUGUUUGUUUCCCAGUUCCUUUUGAACAAGUCAAUGCAUCAUGGAUUUCACUUCUUAUCCCACGACAUACCCUUUUGCAACUGACUUCUUUUUUUUUUAGAAUAGAGAUUAUGGGACAAUUGAAACUAUCUCUUUUAAAACCUUGGUUUGGUAAAAUUCCUCAAGAUCCAGCCAGUGUACCUCCUUCAAUGCUUCCUCGUAUAAAACUCAAAGAAUUCUUGACACAAUCAAUUGUUAAAAAAUCAUUGAAGGAUCAGUUGAAAAGGUUACGCGUGCAUCACAGCUCCAAAUUUGAAAAUAGUAAUGAUAGAAAAUGUGAAAAUGAAACUGAAGAUACCGACUUUGGGAAUAAGGUUACUUUCAAAAAAGAAUUCAAAACACUUCAUCUAGAUAAUAUACCAAAGAAAGGUGGAAAUUUAUCAUAUUUCAGCUACAUAGAGCCGUCACCUAGAUAUCCAAAGCUUUAUUAUAUCUUUGCUGGUUUAAUACUCACAAAUAAUUUUAUUUAUAUUGUAAUAUCUGGUUUGUUCUCCAUAUGUUUUGAAGCUGUGCUAAAAUUACAAAACUCAAUAUUUCAAAAACUUAGUGCUAAAUCCAAAUUGGAUGGGGAGAGUUCUCUUAUCAACAAAUCAAUUAGAGCUAUGCGAUUAACCAAACUACCACUUCAUCUUCACAAUAGGUUAGAACUUGCUGCUUUCAUUAUUUGUGGUGCUCUACUCAGUGAUUUCGAAGAAAUAAACGUGAUUAACAAAAACGUACUUUUGAGUUAUGAUUCACAAAGUGUUACCAUAUCUCUUGCUGGAGCUACUUCUGUAACGGCUGUUUCACUUGAUGAUAGAUGUGAUAAAAUUCUACUCAGUAAUUAUUUCACAGCUCAUGUCAAAUUUUCAGAUGUCAUUAUAUUCAAAGAUGUUUUUGGUGAUGUUAAAUUUCCAAUUAAGUUUUCAGAUGCUAUUGUUAAUCGUUUAACAAUUGGUAAUGUCCCAUUGAAAUGUUCAAGUUUGCAACUCAAAGCUAUCAAAUAUUUCGAAGAUUUUCGCCUCUUAGAGCCUGGUAAAACAGGGAUGAAACAUAUCAUUUGGCAUGAUAAUUAUCCUGAUAACUAUGCUACUCCAAAACAAUAUAAAGAUGAGCAAAGGAAGAAAUUCAUUUCGAAAACUUCGAUUUUAAAUGGAUUUAUUAAAUCUGCAAUUAUGGAUGGAACUAUAGGAAAAAAAGAGGAGGAUGAACUUUCUAAUUCAGAUUGUGAUGAAGAAAAUAUUGAGAGCAGGAUUUCAUCAAGUCCUGGACUUCCAAAUAAACAAUACAUACCUGUCGAAUAUCCUGAUAUUCCUUUCGGAGGUCAAAGCUCAUACUUAUUUGGUCUUAAAAGACAGAAUCCAUUCACCAGAACUGCAUCAAACAGAUAUUGA